GCAGAGAACCUGCUGCUGGACGCCGAUGCCAACAUCAAGAUCGCCGACUUCGGGUUCAGCAACGAGUUCACGCUGGGCACCAAGCUGGACACGUUCUGCGGGUCGCCACCCUACGCGGCGCCCGAGCUCUUCCAGGGCAAGAAGUACGACGGGCCCGAGGUGGACAUCUGGAGCCUGGGCGUCAUCCUCUACACCCUGGUCAGCGGCUCGCUGCCCUUCGACGGGCACAACCUCAAG